AUCAGAAGAACGCUGCAGUGAAAAACUUUGCCCAUCGAAAUGUGGACCUGCUGCCAAACAAGGUCUCACCGAAGGUCUUACAGAAAAUCAUGGAGUCCAACAAGUCUCCUCGUGCUCUGCAGAAAGAGCUGGAUGCCAUUGGAGGUUUUGAUGCCAAAAUGACACUCAGACCAUGCAAGUCAGCUACUUUACCAAGAGUAGACAGACCAAUUAUUCCUAGACCGAAUACUUCUUAUCAUCCAAUACCUGCAAUAAAAGUAUUUCCAAAGAAACAGCCCCCGGAAGAAUUCAAUAAAGUGAAAGUAAAAGGAGCCUUUCCUGUCCUGCCUCCAAUAUCUAAAAAGUGUGCAGCCCCUAGUUUGGUUAAAACAUCCAAACGCACCACAACCUCAGAAGAUUCACUUGUGAAAAAAGGAUUGCCUGUAGUUCCACCAAUACAGUUAAAGACAACUAAAGACAAAACUCCAGGAACAGUUAAAUCACCUCCAGCUACACCUCUGUCUGAUGCAACAAAGCAGCAGAUUGCGAACCUAGAAGACAAUGAUGUGUUUGAAGUUAUUCUGCCACCCAGCUCUUCUCGGUGCAAUACUGGAAGUUUAGAAGCUCAAAAAGGUCCAGCUAAUAUUCCAACAGGUAAUACUAGGAAACACAAUCCAAAGAAAGAGAAUGCUGAAGAAGUAAACAUGCUGUCUCUGAACACACCCUCAAAAGUUUCAGAGAAACAAAAAUACAGAAUGUGUGAUGUACUUUCUUCACAAACACAGUUGUCUCUAGAGGACUUUUGUUUGGACUUUACACCAAGGCAACCAAUACCAGCUGAGAUUCAAGAAAAGUUGGAUAGCUUGGAUAUUGCCUCGAUAACAGUUCCGUUCAAACCUUUCGAAGGAAACAGCCAGUUCUAUGAUGCAAAAGAAAGAAUCCAGGCGUUAGUCACACCUAACAUGUACGAAGGACGCAUGGAAAGCCUUACUGCAGAAGAUGUCCGAUUCAUUCAGUCAAGAAAUGAAGAUAGCUUCCUUUAUCAUCACUUUCAACAAGAUUUCACGGAUGAAACAUUGGAAUCCCCCAGGUAUAUCCCUCGCACUUUUCUUUCCCCAGUUGAAGCGGCUGAAGAGGUUGAUAGAGAAUCUUCUCCAUUAGUGAUGUAUCUCACCCGAACAUUCCUGUCCCCAAUUGAGGAGGUUGAUAGAGAGUCGUGCUUAUCAGCGAAUAAGGUUGUUGUUGAUGUGAAAGCUGUUGAGGAGGAGAAAAGAGGAACACCAAUUAAAAGUUUUCAACAACAGAAGAAGACACAUCAAAGGAAGAUUGAUGGUAUUGAGCAGCAAGACAGUCAGAGGAAAAUAGAGAAGGUUCAAGGUACAAAUGAAAUAUUCUUGGAGAGACUUCAAACUUUAGGUGCGAAAUCAAAUCUGGAGGAAAUGAAACUCACAAAUCGUCUAGCGGUAAUGAAGUCAGAGCUGGAAAAUACACAGAAACGAGCAGACACGGCAAAACAGCAGCUCUCUCAGAGACAAAGAGAGCUGAAGGAGGUUAGGGUCACCAAUAGACUGUUGACAGAGAAGCAACAAAAACUGCAAAAAGAAAUGGAAAUGGUAGAGAGGGAACUAAAGAAGGGUAAAUCCAAAGACAAACAGCUAAGUAACGAAGUGAAGAGGAUGUCUAUUGACCAUGAAAAGCUGAUCUCUCAGGAGGAUCUCAUAAUCCAAGAGAGCCAGCAAAUUGAGAGAAAAUUAAAGAAGAUUAAAUCAGUUAACAAGAAGCGCAAGCAUUUUAGAUAAGUUGAUCCACCCAUCAGGAAUUUAUUUUCUAAAAUAUUUUACAGCUUUUUUCACCAUAUAUUUUUUGUUUGCUCAUUUUUUAAUAUUUGCAAUAACUGAGUUCGUUUUGUGCACCAUUAUUUCUUCAAUCCAUCCUGUUACGUAUAGUUAUGUGUUAUGUGCUUCAUAUCACAUAAUUUUUUAAGGAACUUAGUUGAGAAAAGUUUUCUGAGUAUUUAACCGAUUUUGUUACUUGAUUUUUAA